UUGUCAGUAUAGCAGAAAGGUUUUUAUGGUACUCUAGUUUCUAGUCCUUUCAUCUCUUCCUUCGUCCAAAUUUGUGAAACGGAGUAUUUCGAGCAGUGAUAGGUUAAGUCUGUACAAUUAUACCUUCUUUUACAUUUCAAAAUAAUACUAUAUUGACUUUUUAGUGUCUGAUUUCACUAACUUACCUUUAUUUUUGUGUUUCAAUGACAAUAAAUAUUCUUGAUUCUUUAAGUUAAUUCACUGGUUUCAUCUGUCUAAGUGAUCAACUUUGUAGUCACUACUUAAUAUAGGCCUACAACAUUGUUUUUUAUUCUAAAAUGGCCAAGGAGGACGAAAAUGAGGAUGUAUUACCAGACAAAGACGCAGCAAAAGAGUUUUAUGCUAAAUAUGAACCAAAGGAGAUCUUGGGUAGAGGAAUCAGUUCAACUGUCAGAAGAUGCAUUGAAAAAGAGACUGGCGUUGAGUUUGCAGCUAAAAUUAUUGACUUGAGUGCUGAUGGGGAUAACAAGGCCGCAACUAUGGAGGAAGUCCGGAUAUUAAGACUUGUAGCUGGGCAUCCUUAUAUAAUCCAGCUACAUGAUGUGUUUGAAUCAAGCACCUUUAUCUUCCUAGUGUUCGAGUUGUGCAAAAAUGGAGAAUUAUUUGACUACCUAACAUCUGUUGUUACACUAUCAGAAAAAAAGACAAGGUACAUAAUGAGGCAGCUUCUGGAAGCUUUAAAUCAUGUUCACAGCCAUGGAAUUGUCCACCGAGACCUCAAACCUGAAAAUAUUUUAUUAGAUGACCAAAUGAAUGUUAAAUUAACUGACUUUGGAUUUGCUAGAGUCCUGAAGCAAGGAGAGUUAUUACAUGAUCUUUGUGGUACGCCAGGCUACCUCGCUCCAGAAGUUUUGAAGGCAAACAUGUUCGAAAGUACUCCAGGCUAUGGGCAACCUGUUGACAUGUGGGCGUGUGGAGUUAUCAUGUAUACUCUAUUGGUUGGUUGUCCCCCGUUUUGGCACCGCAAGCAAAUGGUGAUGCUUCGUAACAUAAUGGAUGGAAAAUACUCCUUCACUUCCCCAGAGUGGACAGAUAUUACAGAGGAGCCCAAGGAUUUGAUCCGUAAGCUGCUCGUUGUAGAACCUGCCAACCGACUCACUGUCAGACAAGCUUUGCAACAUCCUUUCUUUCAACUUGUUUUGUGGGACCAGGACAUUGCCCCUCUUAAGAAGAGUUUGGGCACUAGUUCUCGAAGACUCAGUCGUAUAUCUCAACUUGCCUUGGAGUUGAAGGCAUCAUCGUUUGAUGCUAGGAAGAAGUUCCACUACGCCAUAAUGGUUGUCCGAGCAGUGGUGCGGAUCAGUCGACUGAGGUAUACCCCAGAACCCCUGUCUGUGGAGUGUAGUAGAGGUGAUCCUUACAAGAUCAAGGUUCUCAGGAAAGUGAUUGAUGCAUGUGCCUUCCGAGUUUACGGCCACUGGGUAAAGAAAGGUGAAGGACAAAACAGGGCUGCACUCUUUGAGAACACUCCAAAAGUAGAGCUCAAGAAUCUAUACAUGAGUAAUUUAAGUCCUGUUUAGAGAAUAGAUAGUAUUUGGUCAUCAUUUACCAAGUGCUACGUGUGUUCUAAUUAUGCUUUCAUGUGUGAUCUAAGAGUGCCAUUGCUUGAAACCUAAGACCAUUAUAUAACUGUAAAAUAUAUUAAUUUAU